GUUGGGUCGGGGUGAAGUUGAGAGCUGCUCUCUCCCUCCUGUAAGAGGUUCUUCACGCCAAAACUCGAUUGUCCCCUUUUUCUUCCAUUAAUCUUCUUCUUUGAGCUUGGAUUUUGGCUGGUUUACUUCCUAAUCGUUUUUGGGGUGCUAAAUCUCCAAAUUUUAAGCUCUUUUUUGGGAUUUUUGGACUGGUUUAAGCGAAGAACACAGUCGGCGUUACUGUUCACGCCGCAAGGUCAGUGCCCUAGCUCGGUUUCCUCCUGGCUAAUUUUCUCCGGAUAGGUGUCUUCGCGAUUGUUCAUGACUGCGUGAAGCUCUCUGCGGAAUUGAUGGUGUCUAUCUGACUGGGGGUCCUUAUCCCUAUGCGCAGCUUCCUAACCUUGGCCGGGGAGGAGGUAGCUCGACAUUGAUUUCUGCUUUACGAGGUCGUGUUCAUUGUCAUUUUUUUCUACAUGGCGAGAAAGAAACAGGGGGGAGGUGUGGAAUUUUCCUCCAGAAUUACCAGGUCUGCAGCUAGUUUCAACGUUUUAGAAGAUUUAGAAGAUGAUUUGGAUGAUCUCCCUAUCCUGAAUUCUGGGAUUUUAGGAAAUAAACAGGCAGUAGCUGCGCAACAGGGAAUUGGGUCAACUGGACCUGGGACUGUUGUGAAGGAUAUGCCGGUUGACCCUCCUGGGAAUAAAAAACACAGUGGAGGGAAGACUGUGGUUGUCCCAGGGAUUUCUGUGAAGGAUGCUCUGUCGAAGGUCCUUACUGGAAACAAGAAGAUUGUGGUUCCAGUAGCUGGUGAGGAUGCUACAGCAGUAAGUAAGCUUCAAACCCCUCAACUGCCUGGAAUUGAUGCGGAUAAGCAGCUUGAAGUAAAUGAAAAAUCAGCAACUCCCACACCUUGGAGUGCUUUGUUUAAGGACAAUCGUGACCCUAGGCAUGGAAUCAAAUUGAGAUAUGUCCCCCCCAAAGGAGAUACCUUAGACUUUGGGGAUCGUAUAUUGCCUUCCAUGGUUGAUAUGUGGGGCUAUUGCCUAGUGGGACAUUUCACCGGAAAAUUCCCCGGACUCAAAGCGGUUCAUGAUCUUAAAGCUAAAUGGGGUGUUAAAUGCCUUGUGAGGUCCCACAAAAAGGGUUGGUUGAUUUUUAAAUUUCAAAACGACGAAGAUAGAUCAAGGGUACUACAAGAAGGACCGUACAUUGUGUUUGGGAAACUCCUAAUGCUCAAGGAACUUUCGGAAAAUUUUUCAUUUGAAGAUGAGGAAUUUCUUAAAGUUCCAAUUUGGGUCAAGUUCCAUGAUCUACCAUUGCAAUUAUGGAAUGAUGAGGCCAUGAGUGAGGUAUCAUCCAUGGUGGGGGUUCCAAUAACUACCGAUAAAAUCACCCAAGAGAGGAUUAACAACGACUAUGCUAGAGUGUUGAUAGAGGUUGAUGUCUCAAAGCCACCGCCACUAUCGUUUCCUAUACGACUACCUUCCCAAAAGGUAUUCAAACAAAGUGUGGUUUAUGAAACUUUUCCUAGUUAUUGUUUUCAUUGCAAAGAAUUUGGGCACCACCCAUUUAUUUGUAAGAAGUUAUCAAAAUGUGGAGUUGGGGUAGAUAAGGAAAAGGAAAAACAUGAUGUUGUAGUUGAUGUAAUUGAAGAAGUUGGAGUUGUUUCAGCUCGGACAGAACUGACCGAACCAAAAGAGAAAGAAAAAGGAGGUGCUGAAAAAGAAAAGAGUGUGGUUGCUGCUAUUCAGAAGCCAAAUUCUGUUAUUCACCCGACCGGGCUUCCUUCUGGCCCGACCGGGUCCAAUGACCAGACUGCUUCCCAGGACAUUACUCCUCACCCGACCGGGCUUCCCCCUGACCCGACCGGGUCCACUGGGCAGAUUGCUACUCAGGGGCAAAGAGAUGGCAAGAAAUUGGGAGAGGAGACCGAAGACCCGGAUACGGAAGCCAAAUCGGAUACUACUGAUUCUGAAAACCAAUAUGAGACUGAAGAGGAACCGGAUCAGGAACAUCAUGUAAAGAAAACCAUAAAAAAAAGUAGGCGGAGAAAGGGUGAGACAAAUGAGAAGUAUAAAAGACGGCUUGGAAGAAUGAUGGGAAGAAAGAUAAAAUAGUUCUUCGAUGGGGAAACUACGGCUUCCUUAGAUGGACUGGACUUUUAUCUAAAUAGUGAUUUGUGAAGUGGGGACUGUCCCAUUAUUUUGAUGUAUUAUAUCUAGGUUAGGUUAUUCUAGCUUAGAUAGUUAUUUUUGAUUUGGAUUGAUGCAUUGUAAAAAAUGCUAUUUUUUUCGGUUUCUAAUAUACUUACAUAUUAUCGAGUUGAAAUAGGUUCCCUAUGCAAAAACACACAAU